AUGACCGUCGUUCGAAAUAAAACGAAAUAUGAUCGUAUUCUGACAAUUACUGCUGGAUUUCUAUGUUUAUUUGCAUUACUUUGUACUUUUGUUGCAUUAUGUACACCGUCAUGGACAAUUAAUGAAUAUUCAUCAGAUGGUGAAGUUCAAUGGCAUGGUCUGUUUUACAAAUGUAAUCGUUUUAAAUGUAUAUUAAAUUAUCAUCAUUAUAUUUUGGCUAUAGUUGUAACAAUAAUUAGUAUAAUCUUUUUAUUAUUUGCAACUAUAAGUGUAUUUCUAAUAGUUUUAUAUAAUAUUUUUCGACGAUAUUUUUAUCUAACAUCAUUAUUCAUAUUUAUUAAUGUAUUAUUACAUUUCAUAGGUGUUGUUCUUUAUACACACCAAUCAAUAAUAAAUGGUAUUAGUGCACGUUUAAUGAUUCUAUCAAAUGUUUUGGCUUGUAUAAGUUUAGCCAUUGUGUCAUAUAUUGCUGGAAGAUAUUCGAUUUUUUAUCCGAAAAAUCAAACAGAUUUUCAUUUUACAAAAGUAGAAAAUAUUGAAGCAAUAACAAAAAUUGAAGAACAACAAAUAAUGCAAACAUAG